UUUUUCUUCAUUUGUAUCAUUUCAUUGUUUUAAAUAUCCCCCAAAGAGUGGCGAGACUCCGAGUGUCCUCACAACCACCGUGCGCUGUUUCGCAGUCUGAGAGGACUUUACCGCUUGGAGUCACCUCUCGUUCCUCCUCAGAUCGUUUUGGAAACAUGUGAUGCGCUGCGACAGAUAUAGCAGAACGACAAUGAAGAGGUUAACCACACCUUUGAAAGCGGACAUCUCUUCAGUAGCCUCUUGACCAACUUUGUUGCGCAUUAAGAUGCGCCCCACAGAAGAGGAGUUGGAUGAGGAACUUUUUGCGCUCUUGUUGACAGAUAGUUUCCAGUGAGCUUUUGCCACCGUCAGAAAACAAGGACCUCCUAUGUAUUUAAGAAAUAAUCCAACUCGGUUUUGGCUGAGCUCGUCAGUACUUUAAAACGUUGCUGGGGAAUCUCCUCGAGGAUUUGCUGCGUUCACCAUGACGGUUCGUCUAUCGCGGAUCCAGCUGGCCCUGUUCUUUAUCUUGCUCUGUCCGGUCAAUAUCAUCGGACUCUGGUGGGCGGUGGGCAGUCCGCUGGUGAUGGACCCCAACAGCAUUUGCAGGAAGGCAAAGCGCCUAGCGGGGAAGCAGGCUGAGCUGUGCCAAACUCAGCCAGAGAUUGUCAGUGAGGUGGCCAAAGGAGCCAGGCUGGGUGUCAGGGAGUGCCAGUACCAGUUCAGGUACCGCCGGUGGAACUGCACCAGCCACAACAAGUACUUUGGCAAAAUACUGCAGCAAGAUAUCAGGGAGACAGCGUUUGUUUAUGCCAUCACGGCGGCUGGUGUGACCCACGCUGUGACCCAAGCCUGCAGUAUGGGAGACCUCCUGCAGUGUGGCUGCGAGGCGACCAGGAACAGAGCACCUCCAAGGCCGACCUCAUCCUCCCAAUCUGGAGAUGGAGUCAAGUGGGAGUGGGGGGGCUGCGGAGAUGAUGUAGAGUUUGGUUAUGAAAAGUCGAAACAGUUUAUGGACGCCAAGAGGAGAAGAGGCAAGAGCGACAUCAGGACACUCAUUGACUUGCACAAUAAUGAGGCUGGGCGGCUGGCGGUGAAGCUCUACAUGCGGACAGAGUGCAAGUGCCACGGACUGUCGGGCUCAUGCACCUUGCGCACUUGCUGGAAAAAGAUGCCUCAUUUCCGUGAGGUAGGCGACCGCCUGCUGGAGCGCUUCAAUGGUGCUUCCAAGGUGAUGGGCGGCAAUGAUGGCAAGACCCUGAUCCCAGUUGGCCAAAAUAUAAAGCCACCAGAUAAACAGGACCUCAUCUACUCUGACGAGUCGCCCGAUUUUUGCCUUGCAAAUCGGAAAACUGGUUCACUGGGGACACGGGGGCGCAUGUGCAACAGCACGGCCAUGGACAUCAGCGGCUGCGACCUGCUGUGCUGUGAGCGCGGCUACCGGGAGGAAACAGUGGUGUUAGAGGAGAACUGUCUGUGUCGUUUCCACUGGUGUUGCGUGGUCCAGUGCAAGAAGUGUUUGGUCCGAAAAGACCUUAGUCUCUGUCACUGAUGAACUGAGGUUGACAGCGGUCAAUAUGACUUGGUUAAUUAUAAAUACUUUUUUUUUGCUUUAGUUUGGCUAGUGUGAAAGAAGGAUAGGGUUCGGAUUUCCAUGGUGAUCCUUUUGUUUCUGUCUUUUCACCAGUCACAUUCAGAUAACGCCUCAAAGAUGUUCAUUUCAAAUAGUAUUUGAUCCCGUAUUCUGCUGUUUGGUUCCCAGGAGUUUUGACAGAUGUAAGAGGUGCUAGCCAAAGAUUCAGAAGAUACCAAAAGUAAAUGCAUCCACAUGGCAGGGGGACUAAAAGAAGCAAAAUAGGAAAAUGUGUUUUUCUGAACUAGCUGUUUUUCUUUUUCUUGUACAUGAAAAAGGACCAAAGAAUGUUAAAAAUGUUAUUGUCCAUCUCAAUGAAAGAGAAGAAGCUAAUGAGCUGGCUGAAAGUUCAGUCUCAGACUGACUUAUUUUAAAAUGCAACAGCUAAAUAAAUCAGUGCCUCCAGGAUGUUGCAAUUGUAACAGUAUACGCAAAUUCAGCAAAUCUUUGUGCAUUCUGCACAACCUUGCCAUUGUGAAACCCUUUUAGCCUCCAAAGAUUAAUUACUGUUUUAUUUGUUAUUUUAAAGGACUACACCCCCCAAAUUGUAUAUCAACUGCUCACCCAGUGUAACAUUGAAUUCAUUAAGUAAACUUUGUUUUUCUCGCAUGCCUCUGGUAAACAAAGAAUCCAAAAACUGAGGAAGUUCUUGGUGAAUCAAAGUCAUUGGGGUCCACAUUAAACAACAGCAAAACUACAUCAAAACAUCCAUUUAAAAACUCGGAGAAAGUGCAUGCAGUAUCUAAUCCAACUCUCUUUUAUCCAGUUGUAUGCUAAGUACUUCCCAAACAGACAGCCCUUUCUGAACAGGGAGUGAAACGUAUCUGCGCUCUCCUCAAAGCCAGGCUCCACUGACAAAAACAUUU